AUGAGCUCUGCCGUUCUGCUGCCGCUGCCCAGCCCGGCGCGGGAGAAAAAAAAUGAUUACCCGCGGAAUGGCAGCGGGGGCGGCGCCGCCGGCGCCGCCGCCGCCGCCGACUCCUAUAGUCACGUGACCGCCGCUGCUGCCGCUGCUUCUACGAGCCAGACGCGGCUGCAGCGCGUACCCCGCACUCUCGCUCACACGCCGCCGCAGCAGCCCGGGCCCCGCACCCGCCUGCGGUGUCCCUGGGCCACCGAAGAGGACGUCGCACUGCUCACAGUCGUGCUCCAGAACGGGUCCCUGCUUAGCCGUCACAGGAGCGCCCGCGUGGCGAGCUCGUUCUGGUCCCACAUCGCAGACCAGCUCGUGGUGCAAUGGUUUAUCCUCAAAAACAAGCGCCAAUGCCGGGAUCGGUUCAAGUUGCUGUUGCUGCGCGCGAUGUGCCGAUCCCACGCGCCCGAGCGCGGCGCCGCUCGCCCCACGUCCCAUCUGGAAGCGCUUCUGUGCACGUGCCUUGCUACGUUUGCUGUCACGGAGGGCCGGGAAGUGGUGCUUCUGCAUGGCGACGACGCCGCUAGCGAAGACCCCCCGAGUGCGCUGGCGGCAGUGGCAGCGGUGCCACCGCUGCCACCGCUGGCACUGGUGCAGCCAGCCGACCUGUCCCCGUGCGAAGAGCAUUGCCACACGCAGAACGCCGUGCUGGUUGAGACCGUCAAUGUGCUGCAAGCGCGCGUCGACGUUCUGGCUGCGCACGUUUCCGAUCUCAUGGCUAUCCUGGCCGAGCGUUCCAGGCCCACGGCGGACAGAUACCCGCUGCACGUGUACCGCGAAAGCACGUAG